CUCACAAGCGAGUACCCGAGUAAGAGAAAUGAGCAGUUCUUGGUAGUUGGAGCGAGGGGGGACGUGUGUUUUUACUUUCACCCUACUUUCGCUUUUUGCGCCGAGUGAACUUUUGGAGGACGGUCCCUUGGCGCGCAGGGGGCUGGAGACUCCGCAGCGCGCCGCCGCGCCGCCGCGCCGCCCGGGUUGAGCCAGUGCGUCGACGCCUCCGAUCGGGUGACAGCGCACUCGGCCCCGGCGACGCAGGGAAACGCCGCUGCGCUGCACAUGAACCGCGACGGCGCCUCGUCCGCGUGAGGACCGGAGUCCGGUCAGCGCGCCUUCCCUCCGGGCGGGAGCGCAUCGGUCCUGCAGCCUGCAGCCGCCGGAGCGAGGCAUGCGUCCCGGUGAUGUGCCAGCCUCCAUCUUCGCCCGCGACCGACCCGUGAGGAGACGAUGACCGGCGUGUAGAGCAGCGAGGCGAGUGUCUGCGCCAACAGACGGCCAGCUUGUGUUCCGGUGAGCAGCGGGCGAGCUGACGGUAAAUGAGAGGCCGUCACCAUGCCCCCGGGGAAGUAUGGGAUGCAGGAGGAAUGGGAGAAGGAGGGCGUCCAGGAGAUCAUGAUGGACUUCCUGCUGCCGACCGGGAUCUUGCUCAAAUUCCCUGUGUCUCGAAAUGACACCAUCAAAAGCAUCAAAAAGAUGGUUUGGAAAAAUGCCAGAAGCGAGGCCCUGUUCUGUGGACUGGGUGACCCCGAUGCGUACGUCUUCACCUGCAUCAACCAGACCGCAGAGCGGGAGGAGCUGGAGGAAGAAUCGCGCCGUAUAAACGAUGUGCGGCCCUUCAUGUGUGUUCUGAGGCUGGUGGCGAGGGAGGGCGACCGAGCGGAGAAGCUCAUCAACACCCAAAUCAGCCUGCUCAUUGGCAAAGGUCUGCAUGAGUUUGAAGCCCAGAAGAACCACGAGGUGAACGAGUUCAGGACUAAGAUGUGCAUUUUUUGUGAAGAGAAGGCUCAGGAGCGUCAGAUGUUGCCAUGGCAGCAGUGGAUGGAGUACAACUUCCCGUGUGACCUGGAGCCAUGCUGCACUCCGCCACACAGUGGGAGCCUGAAGUCAAAAAACACCAAGAAGUUUUUCAUUAACGUCAAGUUUGAGGCGUGCGACGAAAGCUUCAUGCUGCAGCAGGAUCCUCAGGAUCACCCCGUGGCUCUGAUGAGGAGCGCCCUGAAGAAGAAGGCCAACGUGUUUCGCUCAGUGCGACAGGAGCCGGAGGACUACACCCUGCAGGUCAACGGGAGGUGGGAGUAUAUCUAUGGGAAACAUCCCAUGUGCCAGUUCAAAUACAUUUUCUCAUGUUUGAGAAAUGGCCAGAACCCCCAUCUAACCAUGGUGCACCACUCCACCAUCAGCAAGUUUCAGGAGGAGCAAGGCCAAAUGUGCAGCCAGGAAUACAAGAGUCGCUCCCUGUCCAGGCCUCCUCCGCUGCCCCUGAAGAAGCUGAAUACCUCGUCUCUGUGGUCCAUCACCGAGCCGUUCUACAUCCACCUGUUGCAGGGCAGCCGAGUCAACGCAGAUGAGGGAAUGAAGCUUGUGGUGCAGGCUGGCCUUUUCCAUGGCAGCGAGCUGCUCUGCAAGGUAGUGACAAGCUCGGAGGUGACCGUGUGCUCCGAGCCGCUGUGGGAUCAGAGGCUGGAGUUUGACAUAAACGUGGCCGACCUGCCGCGCAUGAGCCGCCUGUGCUUCGCGCUCUACGCCGUCAUUGAGAAAACCAAGAAACCCCGUGGCACCAAAAAGAAGAACAAGAAAGCGGAUUGUCCCAUAGCCUGGGUGAACACCAUGGUGUUCGACUACAAGGACCAGCUGAAGACUGGGGAGUUCCUCUUGUCCACAUGGCCAUCUGUCCCCGAUGACAAAAGUGAGCUGUUGAACCCGAUGGGAACAGUGGAGAAGAACCCCAACGUGGACAGUGCUGCAGGACUUCUCAUUCGCUUUGCCAACAUCCGACCACAUCCUCUUUAUUACCCUCCGCUUGACAAGAUAAAUGACAUAGAGAGGAACGGUGAUGCGGCUUCUGUCACUAAGGAAGAAUACAUGAAACUGAAGGAAAUCAUGGACAACAAGAACUACACAGAGUUUUUUGAAGAUGAAAAGGAACUCUUGUGGCAUCUCCGUACCGAAGUUCGCGACCGUUAUCCGGAGAAUCUGUCCAAGCUGCUCCUCAUCACCAAGUGGAACAAGCGAGAGGAUGUGGUUCAGAUGGUGAAUCUGUUGAGGAACUGGCCCGACCUGCCUGCCAUCCAUGCAUUAGAGCUCUUGGACUACAGUUUUCCCGACCCAGCGAUACGUUCGUUUACUAUCAGGUGCCUCAGGAAGCUCAGUGAUGAUGAACUGCUACAGUAUUUAAUCCAGCUGGUCCAGGUCCUGAAGUACGAGUCCUACCUAGACUGUGACCUCACUACGUUCCUGCUAGAGAGGGCUUUGUCCAACCGGAGAAUAGGACACUUUCUGUUUUGGCAUCUCAGGUCAGAAAUUCACGUGGCGUCUGUGACUUUGCGUUUUGGCCUGAUUUUGGAGGCCUACUGCAGGGGGAACAUCCACCACAUAAAGCUCUUAACCAAACAGAACGAAGCACUGAGCAAAAUGAAGACCCUGAGUGACUUUGUCAAGUCAGGCUCCCAGAAGUUGACAGCAGAGGACCUGAAACUGUGCAUCAGGCAGGAGUCCUACCUGGAGGCCCUGUCAGACCUGCUGUCGCCUCUCAACCCCAGCAUCAUCCUAACUGAGAUCUGUGCAGAUAAGUGCAGAUUUAUGGACUCGAAGAUGAAGCCGCUCUGGUUGAUGUAUAAGAACAACUGGGCUCCAGAAGACAUGGUGGGCAUCAUCUUCAAGAAGGGAGACGAUCUUCGACAAGACAUGUUGACGCUCCAGAUGAUCCAGCUCAUGGAGACUUUGUGGAAGAGGGAAGGCCUUGAUCUCAGGAUGAUCCCGUAUGGCUGCUUGUCCACCGGUAACAAGAUGGGGCUCAUUGAGGUCGUGGAGAACUCUGACACCAUCGCCAACAUCCAGCGCAACAACAGUAACAGUGCUGCCACUGCCGCCUUCAACAAGGACGCUCUGCUCAACUGGCUCAAAUCUAAGAAUCCUGAGGACAAACUCGAUCAAGCAAUAGAAGAGUUCACGCUAUCCUGUGCUGGCUACUGUGUAGCUACUUACGUCCUGGGCAUUGGAGAUCGUCACAAUGACAACAUCAUGAUCAGGGAAACUGGACAGCUGUUCCACAUUGACUUUGGGCAUUUCCUGGGCAACUUCAAGCGGAAACUGGGAAUCAACAGGGAGCGUGUGCCUUUCAUCCUGACCUAUGACUUUGUUCAUGUGAUCCAGCAAGGAAGGACGAACAACAGCGAGAAAUUUGAGAGGUUCAGGGAGUACUGCGAGCGGGCCUAUAAGAUCCUGUGUCGGAACGGGACGCUGUUUGUGAACCUCUUUGCUAUGAUGAAGGCAGCAGGACUGCCAGAGCUCACCUCCUUCAAAGACAUCCAGUAUCUAAAGGAUUCUUUAGCUUUGGGCAAGUCAGAGGACGAGGCACUGAAGAAUUUCAAAGUGAAGUUUAACGAAGCUCUGCGAGAGAGCUGGAAGACCAAAGUCAACUGGAUGAUGCACUCCUUGGCCAAAGAUAAUAGACCGUGAAGAAGGCAGAACACCUGAGGACCGCCCAAGACAUUAUGGAUUUUAACUUAUAGAGAUGAAGGGAAGGAAACACAAUCAAAUAUUUUACUUUAUCGAUCGCACUCAAAGAUACUCAGCAAUUGUUUACAUCUGUCUGUGGUACUGUAAAUAACGACUAAGUGGAGGCAUCCAAAGACAAUGAGAUAAUCAUGGAGCAUCAUUUCAAACAGUGAGAGGCCUUUGCCCUUGGGGCCAUAUCAAGACAGAGGACGAAAAUGUGUUUUGGAUUCGUUUGAACUGAUACUUGAAGACAACCUGCUCAUGCAAAGGUAUCAUGAAUCACUGAAACAGAAGCAGAGACUGAAACUUCAUCUCAACAACUGCGUAAUGCAGCAGAGAGCCAACGACAAACCAUGAUAAUGGUUUUUGAUGAUACCUUUCAGUCACAGGGUACAAUAACAGGGCAGUCUUUCAUAUGGGUUGAUGGCUGUGUCAUUUGCUCUCAUUUCAACUGCCUCUUUGCAAUUGUGUCUUAUAUUUUUUACUUUAUUAUAUUUUUUAUUUAAUUUGGUAACUCUGAAGUACUUGUACAGAGCCAUGAAGGAUAUUUUAGACAGGAUGUUGUCUUUCACUGCUGUAUCACUUAUUGAUUUGUAAUAAGCCUUGAAGUACGGUAUGUUUCCCAUUAAGAAGACAGAAAACAGAAGAGACAUGUACAAUUUUAUUGUAAGACGAGGAAAACACCUUUGAAUGGGACCAUUAUUUUUCGAUUAUAUCCCUGUGUACCUGAAUGUGAUACUCACAAAACAGCGGCUACACGUAGGAAUAGUUUGACAUUUGGGUAAAUGUGCUUAUUUGCCAAGACUCAAAUGAGAUGUUCAACGACCCCAAAAAUGAUCUGUCUGUUAAAUAUGAUGCUGGAGAGUCAAGAGUCGGUUAGCUUAGCUUAGCACAAAGACUGAAAAACAGAUUAAAACGACUAACUUGGUUUUGUGCGAAGGAAACAAAAUCUCAAAAGUUCAUUCUCAAUCUGGUAAGAUUGUUUUGACCAAACUCAGACUCUUUCCUAUAUUUAUGCUAAGCUAAGCGAAACAUCUCCUGGCUCCAGCUUCAUGUUAAGCACAUAGAUAUAACGGUAGUAUAGAUUUUAAUGUUAUUCCCAACUAUUCCAUUAUUGACACGAGUGCCAUUAGCACCUGGACAAAGACAUGAACUCAGGCGCGAGGCAAAGAUGUUAUAGGUGUUUGGUGACAAACAGACAAAACAUUCAAUACCUGAUUCAGUAAAACCCAAAUAAGACAAUCUGUUGUCCCAUGUAAGCCAUAGACGUGUGGUUGAGUUUCUCAAAAUGUGUAAAUCUCAACUGUGUGAACUAUCUCAGAUGAUGCAGUAUGUGUGUCUGUUUAUGAGAGUCUGAUGUUUUCUGAUAUUUAAGCUAUGCAUUGUGAUUUCCAUUGUUUUGUCUAACUGAUGUGCGCGGGGGCAUGAAAAUGAUGUCAUGCUUACAGUGUCCAAGACAUGUAUAAUUUGACAUAUCUAAUGCCUUUGUGGUUUCUCUGUCUCAGUGAGCCUGUGUGCUGGAUGAUUUAAAUAUUAUGUUGUGUUCAGAUUAUUUUUACAUGCUGUAUAUCCUGCUGUCAGUCUUGCAAGGACCAGUUGAAUGAAAGAUGUGCUUUUCA